ACAGAAGCGGUAUAACCUGACGCUAUACUCUUCUGGUUAAACUCAUCACUUCCUGUACUGAUCUGAAGUGUGCAUAAACGGGAAACUCCGUGGGACAUUAUGGAGCUCGAUUUCAACGAGACCGACAAACCGGAACCGGAAACUGUGACCCGGAAGGGAAAGAGAUCCUCUGUUUCCGGUCCCUUUGUUUGUGCGUGGGUUCUCAUAUCGCUUGUUUUAUGCGCUGUGAUUGGUGGACUCCUGUAUGUGAUAUUCCAAAAAGAGGCGGAGUGUAACGAUAGAGCUGAGGGGUCAAGGACGACGCUUGUACAAGGCCGGAAUGAGACCACUGUGGAGGGUAUGAGGGGCCCGAUCGUAGACUAUAACGAGUCUGACGUCACGACCUUAUGUCCCCCUGAAGGUGGUGCGUGUUCAUCCCGCCCAGCUUUGUCAACACUAGAAUUACGUACACUCAAUCAGACUUCCCUCAACCUUCCAAAUCUACCAAGAGUGAUCUACCCUUAUCAUUACGACCUUGAACUCUUUCCGGAUUUUUACGGAAGUGUGGAGGAUAUGGCUGCCGACGGGAAAGUGUCCAUAUAUUUCACGGUGCUUGACAAGACAGCUGCUAUAACCGUCAAUGUUUUAGAGUUGGACAUCGAUGAGGAUUCGGUGAGGUUAGAUCCCGUAGCACCUUCCAAUGACGGUCCUGGUGUUCGCGGCAUCAGCUACAAGAACCAGUCUCAGCUGCUCGUCAUUCAACUCGACACAGAAAUACCUCCCCUUGGAAGGUAUAAAAUUCAGAUAAAGUACCGGGCUCCCGUUGACUUCGGACCUCAUGGGAUUUAUGCCUAUUCUUACGUCGAUGCCGAGGGAAAGAUAUCCAAGACAGCCACAACGUACUUCAACGAUGGCUUUGCGAGAAGAGCAUUUCCCUGUUUCGACGAACCGUCCUUCAAAACGACCUUCAACUUGACCUUACUGUGGAGGGCUUCAGAGAAAUUUAGCACGUGGUCCAACACUGAAAUUUGGUAUCAAGAACCUCGGCAAAAUGGCAUCCUAGCCGAUGUCUACCAACGAACACCGAAAAUGUCCACAUGCGACUUGGCAUUUACUGUCGGUAACUACGCUUAUCUUCAGAACAUAACCUCAGCAGGAGUCAAGUUCCGUACUGUUGCAAGGCCAGAUGAGCUUCCCAGAGUACAGCUGCUCCACAAGCAUGGGUCUGCUGUAUUUGAUUGGUUUGAGAACACGUUCGAUCCACCUUAUCCGCUAUCCAAAUAUGACAACGUCGUGGUACGGAACGUGAAACACGUCGUCGUUGAACACUGGGGUAGCACGACACUCCGGGGGACAUCAGUGUACACAGAGGAGGGACGCAUCGCGGAGCAGCGACUUGCACGACUCACCGCUCAAGGAGUCUCUCAACAGUGGUUUGGAGACCUGGUGACCCCCGCUGGCGAGGAGUGGGCGUGGCUGAGUAAAGGCAUUGCCACGUUUCUUGAUUCGUAUGCAUUGGCUCAAAUCUACCCUGAAUGGCGUGAGAUGGAGAUGUUUGUUGCGAGAGUACACAGUAGCAUGAGGGUGGACGUGGAUAUAACGCGACCCGUCAGCAUUACACCAGACAAGGAUGAUCAGAUGACGAAGGAGAAGGUAGAUACACAGUAG